GAUAAAAAUGAGUCCAGACACGCAGGAUCAAUACAAACCGGCUCUUCUGCUUUUACUGUUGAAUUUGAACAGUCUAUCAAACAUCACAUGAGCGAGACCCGGAGGGAGAAAGACUUUAUCUCAGCACACCUGUCAUAUAAAAUCAGUUCUUUUGCUGUCUAAGAACUUUGAGUCCUUCACUCUCAGUCUGAAAUGCCUUUAAUCGAGCACGUAGGACUUCGGGACUCGGACCUGGAGCGUUUGGCGUUGGAGCGGGUCGUCCCGGGCCUGCUGGAUCAGGGCUUCUGCUACGUGGACGGUCUCCUCGGGGAGUUGGCCGGGGACGCCGUGCUGGAUCAGGUGAAGGAGAUGCACCGGUCCGGAGCGCUGCAGGACGGCCGGCUGGCCGGUUCCGUUCCGGGCGUCCACCGGAGGAGCAUCCGCGGGGAUAAGAUCGCGUGGGUGAGCGGGUCGGAGCGCGGCUGCGAGGCGAUCAGCUUCCUGCUCAACCUGAUCGAUAAACUGAUCUCCGUGUGCGCCAGCCGGCUCGGGGGCAAAGCGAUCCGGGAGAGAUCCAAGGCCAUGGUGGCGUGUUACCCAGGAAACGGGGCGGGCUACGUCAAACACGUGGACAACCCGAACAGCGACGGACGCUGCAUCACCUGCAUCUACUACCUCAACAAGAACUGGAAUGCCAAGGACCACGGCGGCAUCCUCAGGAUCUUUCCAGAGGGGAAAUCCUAUGUGGUCGACAUCAAGCCGCUGUUCGACAGGCUGCUCUUCUUCUGGUCCGACCGCAGGAACCCACAUGAGGUGCAGCCCUCCUACGCCACCAGGUACGCCAUCACAGUUUGGUAUUUCGACUCGGAGGAGAGAGCCGAGGCCAAGAGACGCUUCAAAGACCUGACAGCUUCAACGGGGAAGCAGGGCAGCAGCUCCAGCUGAUGAGGACACGCCGUCGGCUGGUGUUGGACACCCUGAUCUGCAGGAGAGGAUGGCAGGAUAUCCUCCCGUCUCUCUAAGCUUCUGGAAAAAGGAAAAAAGAAAAAAUUAACCCUGGAGCGGUCGAGGGCAUUUUAACUCUACAAUUUGCAUUCCCCUCGCUGCGCCGGUCGGCGUCCAGGCCGGGAAGAACAAUGUGCUGCUGUGACCUGAUGAUGAGUUCAGGCGACCUGCGACUGCUCUGGACUGUUCCUGCUUUACAUGAUGUUUGUGCAAUACUCUCCGCUGACUUCUGCUGAGACCUUUAAGUUUCUUCGCUUGUGAAAGAAAUCCUAACAGCGGUGGUGAUUAAACGACAAGCAUUAAACGACAAGCGAGAGAGGCGGAGACAGUUCCAGACGUGAUGACCAACUUUGAACGCCUCAACAAGAGAAGAGUCGUAGUACUCUCUUUGAAAGAAAAGCUUAAAUUUGUUCACUGAGAUUAAUUUAUUAAGUCCCAAAAGGUCUUUUUAUAACUUAUGAGCACAAGAUAACUUAAUUAUCUUUUUGGCACAGAGUAUAGAAAUGUUUAGUGUGUAAAAAUUUGUUUUCUUGUGCACAAAAGACUAAAAAAUCUCAACUUUCAGGGCCUCAGUAAGAGACUUGAAAUGUCAGAUUAUAUUCUAACACAAAUUUAACAGCUGACUUUUUCAGCUCUGAACUAAGAACUCAUUGUCAAAAUGAUUCCAAACUUGACUUCCACUAACUAGCUUUCAAGAACAAACCAUUAGGCUCAAUUCUGUGAAAUGAAUGAAGAAAUUACAGAUGCAUUAACUACCAUGGAGUUUACACAAUUACACUGACAGUCGAUAAAUGAGGUGCUGAAUUAUCACCCAGUUUCACCUGAAUUAAAUUGAAAAAAAAAAUCAAAACACCUGAUGUAGUUUGAUUGUCAGGAGCUUAUGUGAUCACAACUAUGCGACAUUAAAAGGGAAACAUCCAUCUGAAAAGUGUAAGUAGAAACGUAAAGUCCGACUGUUUUUGUAUCGUCACUCUAAGCUGCUGUUUAGCAUUAUGACUUUGUGAUCUGACCACUCUGAAGUUUUUAAAAUGGGCGCCAGCAUUGUGAGCUCGCUCCGUCCUCCACCGAAGGAGAAGGACGAAGAGGAGAUGGAUUCCUUUGACGCAGCGGCUGUCAAGAGUGUGUGCAUAAGAGCGGAUGAAUAAUCGAUGCUCCGCAAAGACUUAUUGAGCCCGAGUCGCCGUCCUGAAAGAAUAACGCUCGCUGCCAACUUACACUGCUUUUAAAACUGAGCCGUCACUUUCACUGCGGCCGGACCGGGACCACCUGAGUCUUCUACAACAUGUUGGUGUACCUGCAACAGAAACACUUUCUCUGUAAACUGCCAUGAUCUGUACGGACGUGUUAAAUACAACUUCCAUUUCAAAGAC